AUGGCUACAAUGGACGAAAAUACGCCUCCAACCAACGGAUCAGGAUCUCGGCCAGCAUGGGGAAUCGACAAUGAAGUCGAAAAGGCGCUUGAGAGGGUGGUAGACGUGGUGGAGGCCGGUCAGGAACGCCCAGAGCAGAAGGAAACACUUCUAGGCGACACUAUAACAGCACCUCUUCCCGUACGGCCGGCUCCAGCCCCAGUUCAACCCCCACAGCAGAGCGUAUGGGCGAAGAAGGCUACAAGAUUAAAGAAACGAGGAGGUUCUUUUAGGAGCGAGUCGAAUUUACCGCUCCCACCGGCUCCACCACAAGCGCACCGUCACUCCUAUACACCAGUCGUUCCAUCUCCCUUAAAUCCGGCUUCUAGUGGAAGCGAAGAUAGCGGUAGUGGAAGGCCGAGCCAUUCGAGUAGUAGUAUACAUCAAGAUGCACUUGUGGCGCCAUCCGUAUCCCUCUCGAAUUCCCUGUCGACAGAAACGAGGCCGAAAAGUGGACAUCUUUUGCUGUCUCCUGAACCGGUGAUACCGACUGCGUCUUUGAUGGACUUGGGCCGCGAAUAUGAUCGAUAUCCAGCCAGAACACCGAGGAAUAGCAUUAUGCUACUUCAUAAAACACCAUCUGACACGCCCUCCCAAAGACAUUCCAACCCACUAUUAGGCGAAACAUCGAGCGUUGAACACACAUCUGAAAAUACUGAGGUCGACAAUGAAAAGCUUUUCGAUCCGUAUAGUGAAUCGUUUACAAAACCUACGUUUCUUAAUGCCGGUUUCCCGUUAUACAUGGACGAGAAGGAGGCAGACGAUUAUAUGCAUAAUCCGGACGAGGGAGACAAAGAGUUGUCCAAUCAUUCUAUCAAGGAUAUCGGAUUACGAGGAUUUUUGAGCUUUUGCUGCUUCUGGAUCUUUGUUUGCGGACUCGUUUCAUUGUUUAUUGUUUUGCCGAUUCUUACAUUCACAGGAUACGUUAAUACGCCCGGUGAAACCGAGAACCCGCAUGAGACAGAGUGGCAGAUGCAACCUUGGGAGUUUGUGGAGACAAAAUACUCAUUUCCGAUAUUAGGCGGAAUAAGAACUAGUAUGGUCGAUCCUGAUACUCCGGACUUUGCGAAGACGAGAAAAGCGACCGAUGGAACAACAUACAAAUUGGUUUUCAGUGAUGAGUUUAAUACCGAUGGGAGGUCGUUUUAUGACGGAGAUGAUCAGUUUUGGACCUCACCUGACCUUCACUAUGCAGCCACGAAUGAUCUUGAGUGGUAUGAUCCUGAUGCAGUAACAACCGCCGCUGGCACUCUAAGGCUCAAACUCGAUGCAUGGCAGAACCACGAUCUCAAUUACAGAUCCGGCAUGCUUCAAAGUUGGAACAAACUCUGCUUCAAAGGCGGCAUUCUGGAGGUAUCGGCAUCGUUACCUGGACCUGGUGGUAAGAUGGGCCUUUGGCCUGGUAUUUGGACACUUGGUAACCUUGCGCGGCCCGGCUUUCUCGCAACUAGCGAGGGUACGUGGCCGUAUGCAUAUGAUGAGUGCGAUGUUGGGAUCACGCCAAACCAGUCGAGCACCGAUGGUAUCUCCUUUCUCCCGGGUCAAAGACUCAACAGCUGCACCUGCAAAGGCGAGGACCAUCCUAAUCCUGGUGUUGGUCGGGGUGCUCCAGAAAUCGACGCUCUAGAAGGAAGUGUAGCUGGCGGUAUCAACAUUGGUGUCGCCUCUCAGUCCUCCCAGAUUGCUCCUUAUGACGCCUGGUACGUCCCAGACUACGACUUUCUUCAAAUCCACAACCACAGUGUUACGGAAAUGAACAGUUGGUGCGGUGGGCCUUUCCAACAAGCCGUUUCUGGUAUCACGGCCCUAAAUAACGAAUGGUAUGAUGGGAAAAAUUUCCAGAAAUAUGCAUUCGAAUAUGUACCUGGAAAAGGCAAUGGUCACAUAACGUGGUUCGUGGGGGAUGAACCGACUUUCACCAUGAAAGGCGAAGCAACAGGGCCUAAUGGAAAUAUUGGAGCUCGACAUAUUAGUCAAGAGCCCAUGAGUAUUAUUCUAAAUCUGGGUGUGAGUAAUAGUUGGGCUUAUAUUGAUUGGCCGGGUCUUGAGUAA